AGGCAGCGGGGACACGCCGUGCGCAUGCGCAGGCCCCGCGGGACAGCCUGGGACUGAGGGAAACUGUCUGCGCUGAGCGCGGAGGAGACGAAGGUGCCGCGGAGCCAGCGCUGCUCGAUCUUCCCCUCGCCUGCCCGACUCGCCUCGCGCGCCGACGUACCCGGGGCGCCCCUCGGGCCCGGGGCCAUGCGGGGCAGCGAGUGAGCGAAGCGGGGCGGCCGGGCUCCCCCCUCCCUCUCCCGUCGUCGCCGCCGCCGCCUGGAAGCCGCACGCGGAAGCGACAGGGUUGAAUUGCUUCUGGAAAGUUUGAAGAAAAUCCAUUCUCCUGUUUUGGAAGACCAGACAUUCAGAUAAAUGCAGUAUCUAAAUGUAAAAGAAGAUUGCAAAGCCAUGGCUUUCUGUGCAAAACUGAGAAACUCAAAAAAAAGCGAAGUGACCACAGAAGCUCAAGAGCAAGGAUUGGAAAUAUUAUUCUAUUUGCAAGAGAAGCCUCCCAUUCGGUACACCAGUGGCGAGUAUACAGCAGAAAACCUGUGCAUUGAAGCUGCCCAGAAGUGCUCUGUAUCUCCAUUGUGCCACAAUCUCUUUGCACUAUUUGAGGAGGGUAGAAAACUCUGGUAUGCACCAAACCAUGCCUUCAAAAUAGAUGACAAGACAGCACUCCGGCUCCAUUAUCGCAUGAGGUAUUAUUUUAUGAACUGGCAUGGGACAAGUGAAAAUGAGCCAUCAGUCUGGAGGCAUUCUCCAAAGAAACCAAAGAAUUCCUAUGAGAAGAAAUUACUGCCAGAUGGAACUCCUAUCCUUGACACAUCUCCAAAGAAACAAAAGAAUUCCUAUGAGAAGAAACUAGUGCCAGACGGAACCCCUAUCCUUGAUGCAAAUUCGCUAGAAUAUCUCUUUGCACAGGGACAAUAUGAUUUGGUGAAGUGCCUGGCACCAGUUCGAGACCCUAAAAAUGAUCAGGAGGUACAUGAAAUUGAAAAUGAAUGUCUGGGAAUGGCUGUCCUUGCAAUCUCUCACUAUGCCAUCAAAAAAAACAUGAAGCUGCCAGAACUUCCCAAGGAUAUCAGUUACAAACGUUAUAUUCCUGAAACUUUGAACAAGACCAUCAGACAAAGGAAUAUCUUAACCAGAAUUCGGAUAAACAAUGUUUUCAAGGAUUUCCUUAAGGAGUUUAACAAUAAAACCAUUUGCGAUAGCAGUGUCUCUCCACAUGAUCUGAAGGUUAAAUACUUAUCAACAAUGGAGACUUUAACUAAGCAUUAUGGAGCAGAAAUUUUUGAGACUUCAUCAUUGCGUAUUUUAACAGAGAAUGAAAAACAUGGAUUUAAUUUUGGAGACAAUGGGAUCAUCCCACAGUAUGAAGUGAUGGUGACGGGAAAUAAUGGAAUACAGUGGAGGCGCAAACCAAAUGUUGUACAGCCUGAGAGAGAGAAACAUAAUAAACUAAAGAGGAAAAAAUCAGACAGCAAAAACAAGAAGGAUGAAGAAAAAAACAAAAUCCGAGAGGAAUGGAACAAUUUUUCAUAUUUUCCUGAAAUCACACUCCUUGUCAUAAAGGAGUCCACGAUCAAUAUUAACAAGCAGAACCACGAAAAGAUGGAAUUAAAACUUUCUUCACACGAGGAGGCCUUGUCAUUUGCAUCUUUAGUAGAUGGAUACUUCAGACUUACUGCAGACGCCCACCUCUAUCUCUGCACUGAUGUAGCUCCGCCUUUGAUGGUGCACAACAUAAAAAACGGCUGCCAUGGGCCCAUUUGCACAGAGUAUGCCAUCAACAAAUUAAGACAAGAAGGGAAUGAGGAGGGGAUGUAUGUGCUGAGGUGGAGCUGUACAGACUUUAAUCACAUCCUCAUGACAGUGACGUGUUCUGAAAUCUCACAGCAAAAGUUAAAUGAGUCAAUCCAAUACAAGAAUUUCCAGAUCGAGGUGACAAAAGACGGUUGCUUCCUUCAUGGCUCAAAUAAGUUUUUCCCAUCUUUAAAAGAACUGAUGGAUCACUUGAAGGGACAGACCCUUAGAACGGACAACAUAAGCUUUACACUGAAGAGAUGCUGCCAGCCAAAACCAAAAGAAAUCUCUAACUUGUUAGUGGCAACAAAGAAAAGCCAGGAAUGGCAUCCUGUUUGCCCUCUAGGUCAACUGAGUUUCCAUCGAAUCCUCAAAGAAGAAGUUACGCAGGAUGAACACCUUGGAAGAGGAACAAGAACACAGAUUUACUCUGGGAUUCUCAAUUAUAAGGAAGAUGAGAAUGGAGGGUACCAGGAUGAAAAAGAGAAGAAAGUCCUCCUCAAAGUCUUGGACCCCAGUCACAGAGACAUUUCUUUGGCAUUUUUUGAGACAGCAAGCACGAUGAGGCAAAUUUCCCACAAACACAUCGUCUUCCUUCACGGGGUCUGUGUCCGCGAUGUAGAAAAUAUCAUGGUUGAAGAGUUUGUUGAAUUUGGGCCACUGGAUCUCUUUAUGCACCGGAAAAGUGAUGUUCUUACAACUCCUUGGAAAUUCAAAGUAGCCAAACAGCUGGCAAGUGCACUAAGCUACUUGGAGGAUAAAGAGUUAGUACAUGGAAAUGUGUGCACAAAAAAUAUACUAUUGGCAAGAGAGGGAAUUGACCAUGAAUAUGGUCCUUUCAUUAAACUGAGUGACCCAGGAAUUCCAAUAACUGUGCUAUCCAGACAAGAAUGUGUCGAACGAAUCCCUUGGAUUGCACCUGAAUGUGUUGAAGAUUCAAAAAAUUUAAGUGUUGCAGCAGACAAGUGGAGUUUUGGCACAACACUGUGGGAAAUCUGCUAUAAUGGAGAAGCUCCCCUGAAAGAUAAGACGUUAGCAGAGAAGGAGAGGUUCUACGAAGGGCACUUCAUGUUGGUAACACCAUCCUGCAAGGAACUAGCAGAUCUGAUGAAGCAGUGCAUGCACUACGACCCCAAUCAGAGACCGUUUUUCAGAGCAAUUAUGAGAGACAUCAAUAAAGUGGAAGAACAAAAUCCUGAUAUUGUCUCUGAGAAGAAGCCUUUCGCAGAGGUCGAUCCCACUCUCUUUGAAAAACGAUUUUUGAAAAGAAUCCGAGAUUUGGGAGAGGGUCACUUUGGCAAGGUUGAACUCUGCAGGUAUGAUCCAGAAGGUGAUAAUACCGGAGAGCAGGUGGCAGUAAAGUCCCUGAAACCUGAGAGUGGUGGGAAUCAUAUUGCUGAUCUGAAGAAAGAAAUUGAAAUCUUGAGGAAUCUUUAUCAUGAAAACAUUGUGAAAUACAAGGGAAUUUGCAUAGAAGAUGGAGGAAGCGGGAUUAAACUCAUAAUGGAGUUUCUUCCUUCUGGGAGCCUAAAGGAAUAUCUCCCACGAAAUAAGAGCAAAAUCACCCUGAAACAUCAGCUAAGAUAUGCAGUUCAGAUCUGCAAGGGAAUGGAUUAUUUGGGCUCUCGUCAGUAUGUUCACCGGGAUUUAGCAGCAAGAAAUGUCCUUGUUGAAAGUGAGAACAGAGUGAAGAUUGGGGACUUUGGCCUCACCAAAGUAAUUGAAACCAAUAAGGAGUACUACACCGUCAAAGACGAUCUCGACAGUCCAGUGUUUUGGUAUGCUCCAGAAUGUCUGCUUCAGAGCAAGUUUUACAUUGCUUCAGAUGUCUGGUCAUUUGGAGUGACGCUAUAUGAACUACUGACCUACUGUGAUUCAGAGGCUAGUCCAAUGGCGGAGUUUUUGAAAAUGAUUGGCCCAACUCAAGGCCAGAUGACGGUAACGCGGCUUGUACGUGUAUUAGCAGAAGGAAAACGCUUGCCCCGGCCACAAAACUCCCCAGAAGAGGUGGACCAACUGAUGAGGAAAUGUUGGAUAUAUAAUCCAGGUGACCGGACGACCUUUCAAAAUCUUAUUCAAGGAUUUGAAGCACUUAUAAAUAAAUUAUAAUUAACAUUUUUGUAUUGUCAGUGCUUUAAAUGUAUGUUAAAUAUAAAUGGCCAGGUUCUUUUAUUUUAACUACUGUAAUUUGUACUCUGGCUAUGCUAAUACGUGUUUAAGGGUUUCUUUUUCCACUGGUUUCCCUUUUUUGGUGUAAUGAACACUUGGAUCAAAAUAUUUAAAUUCCCUAGCAGAAAAUCUUUAAGCACUCUGCCCUUGGUAGGGUAUUACUUAUUAAAAAAGGCUUGUUCAUUGAUCAACCGGUCCAGCAUUUAGAUUAUACUGAACUAACACAAAUUGGAAAGAACUGUGUCAAGCAAGGGAAUUUAUGAUGGUCCCAAGUCACAUUGCACGUCAACAGAUAAAGCACAUUAAACAAGUGUUCUGCAGCUAGAAUGAUUUUCUUGAAUAACUAACUCAGAAGAUUGAGCAGAACUUUCCAUAGCAAUUUAAUUGCUUUUCAAAUAAUUUUUAGGAAAGUGGUAAGAUUAAAAAAAAAAAAAAAGUGGGCAAAAAAGGUCAUCUUUCAAUGCAUCUGCAUUUCAAAAAUAUUUUGGGCACAUAACAUUCAGUUCAGAUACUGUAUCAAUCAGGGUUAUCUAACCAAAAAGCUUUAACCUGCAAUUUGAAGUCCUGAGCUUUUAUAUUCAAAAAAUAAAACCUAUAAAUGUAAAUAUUCCCAAAAAAGCAUUUACCAACUUUUAUGAAUCAGAGGGGUAGCCGUGUUAGUCUGGAUCUGUAAACAGCAACAAAGAGUCCUGUGGCACCUUAUAGACUA